UGCCUCCCUCUCCUGUUCUGCCGCGGGCCCACGAUGCCGCAGUACCAGACCUGGGAGGAGUUCAGUCGCGCAGCGGAGAAGCUCUACCUCGCAGACCCUAUGAAGGCACGUGUGGUUCUCAAAUAUAGGCAUUCUGAUGGGAGUUUGUGUAUUAAAGUAACAGAUGAUUUAGUUUGUUUGGUGUAUAGAACAGACCAAGCUCAAGAUGUAAAGAAGAUUGAGAAAUUCCACAGUCAACUAAAGCGACUUAUAGUGGCCAAGGAAUCCCACAGUGUUGCCAUGGAAACGGACUGAAUGGUUUGAAAUGAAGACUGUUUGUCAUGUUCUUAGGAAGUAAAUAUCUUUUGAAUUUGAGAAAGUGUUGGGACAGAAAAUACUUUAUGUAACUAAGUGGGCUAUUCAGAAGCCAAGAGAUCAUUUUUUGUACUUUGUUUUUUAAUGUUUACUUUAGAGAGCUAGGACUGUAAAUGCUUUCAGUUAGAAAGCCUUUAUUUAUUUUUGGAAAUGGAACAAGGAAUGGCUCUAUCUUGGA